AUGGCCUUCCUCUUCAAGUCCAAGAAGAGUCACGACCGGUCGCUUGCCAGUCGGGAUGGAUCACAGGGCUCGGCGUCGGGCAUGGGUGGCGCGGCGGCGCGCGUCAGAGAUGAGAAGGGGUCACGAUCAACACCCACUGGCAGCUUAACCUCCCUCGAUGUCGACGGCAGCAUUGGUAGUCCUGAUCAAUCUUAUGCUCGCCAGCGAGGCCAGAGUCUGGACCAGCAACAACCGACACCUCCUCAGCUGCAGCAACCGCCAUCGAGUGACUUACCGCUGCGCAACGGUCCUCCUCCUACACAAACGGCGCCGAAUCCCAAUGCCUCGCUAUACCCAUGGUCUCAGCGCCGACUAACCUACACGUCCUCGCAUCCCAGCCCGUUCCCAAGAUAUGGCGCCGCUGUCAAUGCCGUCUCCUCGAAAGAGGGUGACAUAUACGUAAUGGGCGGUUUGAUCAACAGCUCGACAGUGAAGGGCGAUCUGUGGCUCAUUGAGGCCGGGGGAAACAUGUCUUGCUACCCACUAGCUACAACAGCUGAGGGCCCAGGGCCUAGAGUCGGACAUGCCAGUUUGCUCGUAGGGAACGCUUUCAUCGUCUUUGGUGGAGACACCAAGAUCGAAGAAACAGAUGUUCUCGAUGAGACCUUGUAUCUUCUCAACACAUCUUUGCCAGCCGGAUCACGACCCAGCGGACGUUAUGGACACUCGCUGAAUAUUCUGGGGUCAAAGAUUUACAUCUUCGGUGGUCAAGUGGAGGGUUAUUUCAUGAAUGACCUUGCCGCUUUUGACCUGAAUCAGCUGCAGAUGCCCAAUAACCGCUGGGAGAUGCUCAUAUCAUCAACUGAGAGUGGUGGACCGCAGGGCAAAAUCCCGCCAGCCAGAACGAACCAUUCCGUGGUAACAUUCAACGACAAACUUUACUUGUUUGGUGGUACCAAUGGAUACCAAUGGUUCAACGACGUCUGGGCAUAUGAUCCCGCUGUCAACACUUGGUCGCAACUAGACUGUAUAGGGUACAUUCCGUCUCCCAGAGAAGGCCACGCUGCUGCUAUCGUCGAGGAUGUCAUGUACAUCUUCGGCGGCAGGACGGAGGAGGGUGCGGAUCUGGGUGAUCUUGCCGCAUUCAGGAUCACUUCUCGCCGCUGGUACACUUUCCAGAACAUGGGCCCAUCCCCCUCGCCGCGGUCCGGACAUAGCAUGACAGCAGUUGGAAAGUCCAUCAUUGUGGUCGGAGGAGAACCAAGCUCGGCUCAGACAGCAGUCAACGAUCUCGCGCUUGUUUACUGCUUGGAUACCACAAAGAUUCGCUAUCCCAACGACGCAGGCCCUAGCCAGACUUCACCUAGAAAUCAACAACGACGACCUAGCGAUGCCACUCCACAAAUCACCCUGAGGAAUGUGUCUCCACGUGAUGGUUCGAACGGCCCGCCCGAUAGUCGACGCCCACCAGGAGGUCCUGGUCCCAAUGGAUAUCGGUCACCUAAUGGCCCUGCUGAAGUGAGCCCGGCGGGAGGACCACCAAGCGGUCCUCAAAAAGCUCGAUCCGCGGGUCCUAUGAGCCCAGGGGGUCCAUCUGGUGCCCCUCCAUCUGGACCACCUCCCCAAAUUCAACCGCCAAAACCUGGCCCUCCAGGUGGAGCACCCCGGCCUGCCAGGAAUGCCUCAACGGAGCGAGGCGACCAGCCCCAGGGCUCCCCAAUCACAUCGGCACCGCCGCAACAGGUUGCGGCGUUGAAAGAAGGCGAAGGACUUGGCGCAACUGGCCGGCGCACUCCGACAAGUCAGAAUCCUAACCCGCCCCGCUCUUCUUCAAGACAAGCUGAGGGACAGCCUGCCGAUGCCGCGAGAUCCAAAGCAACGAGACAAGGACGCGGGCAAGGCUCCGUAGAUAGUACAACGGAGCCAGCUCUCAAGCCAGCUCCGGCUCGCCCAGCGUCCCCACCACCGCCUACCCGACAACCCAGCAAUCCUAUAUCUCGAAGGUCUUCCGCCCGGAACUCUCAAACGGUUACACUUCUAAAAGAGCUGGAUGCCGCAAGGAACCGCAACGCAUGGUACGCCUCCGAACUGGAGUUAGCGCGCAAGGCUGGCUAUUCACCCAAUGCGUCACUGAGCCCAAUCUUGGACAGCCGUGCCGCGGAAACAUUUGAUGAUGAAGACAAACCCUUGAUCGAAGCUCUCCUUGCUAUGCGGCAAGAGCUUGCCAACGUACAAGCCUCGGUCGACAAGCAGGCAGUUCUGGCUGCCCGACAAAUUGCUGAAGCAGAGAAGCAGCGAGACGCAGCCAUUCAGGAAGCCAUUUAUGCCAAAGCGAAACUAGCUGCGAGGGGUGGAAGCGCCAGAAGCACACCACAGCUCGAUGACAAGGAAGUAGGAGAUCGUGCCAAUGAGAUGAGCAAGAAGCUCGCACAUGCUCUCAGUGUACAAAAAGAGCUUCAAGAUCAGCUGGAGCGCAUCAAGACCGACUUUGACGCCGAGAAGAAGGCGCGCAAACUGGCAGACGACACGGCAAAUGCGGCGCAAAAGCGAAUGGCAGAUCUCGAGAGUUAUAAGCAGCAAAACGCAUCCGAAGUCGAACGGCUCAAGGCUGAGUUGCAUAUGGCUCAGCGUGAGGCCCGGGAACAGUCUGUUGCGGCAGCGGAAGCGGUGGCGGCUACACAAAUGCUACGUGUUGAGAAGGAAGAAUAUGAGCAGAAGUAUAAUCACCUUGUUGGAAACAAUAAGGACCAGGUCGACACCUUUGAGACUUUCCGUGGCGCGCUCGCAGCUUCUGAGGAGACCAAGGCUUUGCUUGAACGGAAGCUGGAGGAGGAACGCGCGCUCAAGGAGAAGAUCGAAUCGAAGCUCAGCAAACUGAAAGCCGAGCAUGAGACUCGUACAGCUGAACUUGUUUCAGCAACACAACGCUUACGAGAUGCCGAAGAGCUGGCCGAGAAACAUGCCAGUGAGGCAAAGCUGCAGCGCCAGGCUUUGUUGUCAGGCCUCGACAAGAUGUCUGCCAAAGAUGUUUCAAAAUCGGACAAGGCUGAUCAUGACCGCAUCCUUGCUCUGCAGGGUCAACUUAACGCUGCCAACGCGCUGGUAAGGAAGUAUCAACAGGAGGCGGACAGUGCGGCAGACAAGCUUCGGGGAGCCGAGGAACGAAUUGCAGGGCUGGAGGCAUACCAAGAACAGGCAAGCAGAGAGGGUGUUUCCAUCCGCCGACAGCUCCAGGGAGCUUUGAGGGAGACCCAGAGUCUUCAAGCCGCAAACUCGGAGUUGAAGCAGCAAUUGUCGAAGCAGCAGCUUGAGACAAAUGCGGUCGUCGUCCAACACAACACACUCAAGGACAUCCUUGUCGAGCGAGGCAUCUCACCUUCCUCCGCGACCCGUGCGCGUAAUAGUCCGCGCGGCAGUCCUCGGGAAGCUUCGCCUGAGCGGGCCCGUGUUCGUGAGUUGGAGCAGCAACUUGCAACUGCCCAAAAUGCCCUUGAAGAGACAAAAGCACAGGCAACCGAGAAGCUCGUACAGCUUGAAAACGACUACCAGUCUGCCGUACAAUACGUCAAGGGGACCGAGAAGAUGCUCAAGCAACUCAAGGAUCAGCUGACACGCUACAAGACUGAGAAUGGCCGUCUGAAGGAACAGGUGGUGGAAUUGGAGGACAAGCUUGAGGCUGGAGGUGGUGCUUCCAAGAGCGGCCCCACAGACUGGGAAUCUGAGAAGGAGACCUUGUCGGCCGAGAUUGGAAGAUUACAAGCUGAGCUCAAGAACACGGCGAGCCAGCUCGAGAAGCAAGUUCAGUCCAUCCGUCAAGACCUGGCAGAAGUUCAGAAGGAACGAGAUGUAGCCGUCAAGACCAGCGAGGACGCGAACCGACGCCUUGAGGCCCAUAAGAAGGACCUGGAGCAGCUGCAGCAGGAGAAUAUCCUCCUCGAACGCCGAGCCCAGGAUGCCGAAAACAAGGUUAGCACACUUCUUGAUCAGGUGGAGCUGAGCGUCGACAACUACCGCCGACGAAGCAGACAGGCCCCCAGCCUCAACUCCGAGACUAUUGGAUCCAACGCCGCCUCCGGACCCGGCGGUACCAACGGAGGAAGCAGCAGUGCUGGCCUGGGUCAUAACAGGCAAGAAUCGGGCGGCUCUGAGAGCCUGUACGGUGGCGUGCCCGGUGAACGUGAGGUUAACAGCGUCGGCGGUGUCGGCGAGCGAAACAGCAAAGCGCUGGACAGCCUCGCCCACGAACUCGACAACUUGCGCAACCAGUGGGAAGCGACUAACAAGCAAUACCGACUGAGCACAACGCAGUAUGAAUAUGAGACCAACCCCAUCUCUCCGGGUGGAAAGCCAACCAGCACUGGGCUGAGCGAGAGUUUGGCCGACUGGAGGAAACGACUUGACGAGAGCCACCCCGGUAGCCCUGGCGAGGCGAGAUGA